AUGGAUUUCCCCACGAGACGCCAUGACUGGAAGAACGUUGUUGUAUGGAUUGACAACCUCGACUUGGAGACACCUAAGAUUGUCGGAGUCUCCAUGUCCAAGUCUGACACGUGGUACAACAAGGAGACUAAAAUAUGGCCUUCCAAUUUUGCAGGGUACGGUAUAGUAGGGACCAGAUUCAACCGCACUACUGUAUACGGCUCCAACACGUCUCCCCGCUUUGACGCGCUACCUUCCUCGAGCUUUCCGUUCUUGAAAUUAGCGGAGUGGGAUGGCGAGUACCAGGAUUUGAUCAUGUGGGAGCAACUCACUGAUGCAGCUCGUGCUGCUUUAAACGACAGUGCCAACUUUGGCAAUGCCGAGGUCCCAUUCAGCGACGAACGCUAUGAAGACCACCUCGAGAAGGCGUGGCCGCUGUAG